AUGCGCACCUCCAUUUUCCUCGCCGCAGCCCUUGCUACGCUCGCCAAAGCCGACGAUGCCAGCUCCACCAUCAUUGGCUACUUCAUUCCCCCCUGGUCCGCAGGCCUGCUCAGCCACGGCGGCUGGAUAAGCACCGCCGCCAGCGUCGCCGGCAUCAACGCCGAGGCCGCCACAUAUCACGUCGGCUGCGUGAAGGGCGCCCCCAAGACAGACUGCGACUACCCCACUUCGUGGACCAUCAUCCAAGGCCCCGAGACAGUCAGCUUCACGGGCAAAUAUAUCGCAUCCACCUCCGACAAGUCUACCAGCUACGAUAUCACUGUCACCCAGUCCUAUGAGUGCUCUCUGAAGUCUUCCACCGAGUCAGCUAGCUGCACUAUGAGUGCGCAAAUGAGCGGGACCUACAACGGUGGCAAGUACGAUGUUACCACCACCAGCAGUGCGACUUAUACCUCCAUGCCGAUCUCCAAUUCUUAUUAUAGGUUGACUGUCACUGGGGGACUGAGUUCGUUUACGGCUCCCGCGGCAACUAAGACCGGCGCAGCUGCCGCUGGCCCUGCGGGUGCUUUCAUUACGGCUGCUCCCAUGGUUGCUGCUGCUGUGGCUGCUCUGCUGUAA